AUGAACGCUUCAAAGUCGGAGGGCAGUAAUUUUACCAUCAGCAUACCUUGCGGGCUUGUUGCAGGUUCUUCCAUAACUGUUAUAGGCACUCCUGGUAGCCUCUCUGGUAACUUCUGGAUUGAUCUUGUCGGGACGGCGCUCCCAGGGGAAUCCAAACAACCCAUUGUAGCGCACUACAAUGUCCGUCUAACUGGCGAUAAACUUACUGAAGGUCCAGUCAUAGUGCAGAACGCCUUCACUGCAAGUAACGGCUGGGGUUAUGAGGAUCGUUGUCCCUGCAGGAACUCGAGCAAUGCAACUGAAGUGGAUGACUUAGAGCGAUGUAAUUCCAUGGUGGGUAGAGAAGAAAAGAGCACAAUGAACUCAACACAUUAUUCUGGUGCCAAGCAAGGUGGAAAAUCAAGCACAUAUUUUCCAUUUAAGCAGGGAUACCUUGCUAUUGCAACUCUCCGUAUAGGACUCGAAGGAAUCCAUAUGUCAGUUGAUGGGAAUCAUAUUACUUCAUUUGCAUAUAGAGCGGGCUUGGAACCUUGGUUUGUUACUGAAGUGAGAAUUUCUGGUGAUUUCGAGCUAGCAAGUGCAAUUGCAAGCGGCUUGCCCACAUCAGAAGAUUUGGAGAAUAGCGUCGAUCUUGAAAUGUUGAAGUCAGCACAUAUUUCAGAUGGCAAAGAUCUUGACCUUCUGAUUGGCAUAUUUUCAACAGCAAACAACUUCAAGCGUAGAAUGGUGAUUCGAAGAACAUGGAUGCAACAUGAUGCUGUGCGUAAUGGAACAGUAGCAGUCCGUUUUUUUGUUGGCCUGCAUACAAACCUGAUGGUAAAUAUGGAACUCUGGAAUGAGGCACGAACAUAUGGUGACAUUCAGGUGUUGCCGUUUGUUGAUUACUACAGCUUAAUUACAUGGAAGACACUGGCAAUAUGCAUCUACGGGACCGACACUGUAUCAGCAAAGUAUCUGAUGAAAACAGAUGAUGAUGCUUUCGUUCGGGUACACGAAAUCCAGUCAUCAGUAAAAAAGCUGAAUGUCAGUAACGGUCUGCUUUAUGGUCGCAUCGAAUCUGACUCAAGCCCUCACAGAAAUCGUGACAGCAAAUGGUACAUAAGCCCAGAGGAAUGGCCUGAAGAGAAAUACCCACCAUGGGCUCAUGGACCAGGAUACGUGGUUUCAGAAGAUAUUGCAAGGACAAUCAACACUUGGUAUAAAACAAGUUGUCUGAAGAUGUUCAAACUAGAAGAUGUAGCAAUGGGCAUAUGGGUUAACGAAAUGAAGAAGGGUGGCUUACCCAUCAGAUAUGAAACAAAUGAAAGGAUUUACAUUGAUGGAUGCAAGGAGGGGUACAUUGUUGCUCAUUAUCAAGAACCAAGGAAUAUGCUAUGCAUGUGGGAGAAACUCCUGAGGACAAAUCAAGCAACAUGCUGCAACUAA